GACGAGGGAGAAGAACAUGGCUGUGCGCUGGAGAAAGUCACUAUGAUUGACGAUUGUUGCAGCGAACAAUCGAAUAGCACCAAAAUAAGUCAUAAACAAUGGAGAGGAAGACUAAAGAGAGAGAGACGACGUCAGAAAAGACAAGAACAUGCCAGGCAGUCUACAGCAAGUACAGGAACGGAAAGUUUAGAAAUUGAAAUUGUGGAUGAAGAGUUUGACAGACUGAAGCAACAAAGAGAUGAAGCUGAGAGAGCAUACCUCCAUUCGCAGUGGCUCGAGCGAGAGAAACAAGCACAGCAGCAAUGGAAGAGAAAGAAGGAAAGAGAAAUAGUGGAAAAACAGAAGCGAGAGGAACAAGAAAAAAAGAUCAAGGAAGAAUGGGAAGAACAACAGAGAAAGGAAAAAGAAGAACAAGAAAAGAAAGACCAGAAGGAUAAAGAAAAGAAGUCUCGCCAGGAGGAUCUUCUUCGUCAGGCUACAGCCAAUGAAAAUAAGGAUGGAGAUGACCAGCCAUGGCAUAACCCCAUUGUCCGAGUUGUCCAGGGGAAGGAGAGAGACAAGUGUCCAUUUUUUGCUAAAACAGCAGCAUGCCGGUUUGGUGACAGGUGUUCACGUACACAUCCCCAGACUGAGAGCAGCACCACUCUGUUGUUUCGCGGCAUGUACAGUCACUUUGAGCUGGAGCAGGGCCUGAUGGGCGAGGAAUAUGAUACAGAUCUAAUUCUUGAAUAUGAUGAUUCUGAACUCUACCAAAACUUCCGUGAGUUUUAUGAAGACAUUGUCCCAGAAUUCAAAGAUAUUGGUCAAGUGGUUCAGGUGAAAGUUUGCUGUAACUAUGAGCCCCAUCUCCGUGGAAAUGUCUACAUUCAGUACAGAAGAGAAGAUGAUGCUGCCUCAGCCUUUGUACAGUUCAAUGGUAGAUUUUAUGGUGGAAAGCAGCUGUCCUGUGAAUAUGUUACUAUCGUGAACUGGAAAUCAGCUAUUUGUGGUUUGUUUGGCAGUGGACGAUGCCCCAAAGGGAGAAACUGUAACUUCCUGCAUGUGUUCAAGAAUCCUGGCAAUGAAUUUUGGGAAGCAGAUCGUUAUGACAGAUAUAAACAAAGAAACUCACAAAGUUCAAACAGAGAAUGGUCUGAGAGGUCAUCAAGUAGAAGGCAAAGAAAUAGGUCAAGAGAGAGAAGAAGAAGCAAGUCAAGAGAAAGAGAAAGAAGGAGAAGCAAAUCAAGGUCAAGAGAAAGGAGGAGAAGCAGAUCAAGGUCAAGAGAAAGAAAGAGAAGCAGGUCCAGAGAAAGAAGGAGAAGCAGGUCACCUAAUGGUGGAAGGUCAAAUAGGUCAAGAUCAUCAUCAAAAGACAAACUUAAUGAAUCAAACAGAAAGAAAAGGUCAAGAAAUCACUAUUCCAGGUCGAGAUCCAGGAGCAAAACUAGAGACAGAUUGAAAUCCAGAGAGAAACGGUCUGCUUCAAGGUCAUUGUCCAGAGGUCGAUCAAGGUCACCAAGGAUGAGAAAGAAACGUUCUGAUUCAAGGUCACACUCCAGAGGUCGAUCACAUUCACUGAAGUCAAAGUUGAGCAAGAAAUGGUCUUUUUCAAGGUCCCUGUCUAGAGGUCGAACAAGGUCUCCAUUGAAGUCUAAGUAUCAAAAUGAAAGAAAAGAUUCCAAGGUAGAGGACAUUUGUACUAUAACGGACGAUAUUGCUCAGAGUGAAAAUCAAUUAGUGUCAAAAUUUGAAGAAAAUGUUGAAAGACUUGAAAACAACAGAAAUGAACAAAGUUUAGAAACAGAAGUAAGAAAUGACUUACAGGAAAACAGCAAUAGUUCAGAUUCGGAGAUAUCAACUAAAAAUCGUCAUCACAAAGACAAAAAACAUAAACAUAAGAAGAAACAUAAACAUAAAAAACAUAAAGUCACAUUAUAAUGGAUAGAGGCUUCUUGAAUUAACCAUAUCAUCUGUCAGUUUUUCACAGUAGAUUUAUAGCUGUAACACCUCUCACAACCAAUAUUUUGUUUACUCUUUUUGUUAAACAAAUAAGGCCUUAAAAAUACCUGUGUUUCCACUAACCCUAGCUACCAACACACCAAAGAUAUGAGCUAUAGUACCAUUACUGUGAAAAAAAGCUAAAUAGGGUUUAUAGGUACAUAAGUUAAAAGUGUAAUCUUUCAGAAAUAUCUUGUUGUAAACCAACUCCAAAUUAUUGUUUAUUAAAAGUAUGUGUUGUGAAGAGCUCAUUUGGAAAGGAAGAAGCCUGUUUAGGGUUAGGUAGCACAUUCCUAUAAUGGUAUUAUCCGUCCUAUCAACUAUAGUAUACUGAUGGUGGAUAUGGUUUUAAAGCAAAUGCUCUGUGAUGACUCCUUUACGCAUUGCUGGACUUUUUGGUUCCCACUUGGAACUCUCUAGACUAGAAGUCAUACUUUGCCAAUUAAAUAAUGUAUUAAAGUCAGUGGACCAAAACUUCUGAAAUUUGA